AUGAACGAGGUCUUGACGGCGGCCAAGUUCUUAGGCAUCGAACCAGAGUUUCUGGCGUCGAUAUCUUCGAAUGUGGUCGACCGUAUUGCGAUAAAGGCUCACGAAGUCGAAGCGCUUCAAGCCAGCAGCGAAACUGGGCGUGCUGAUGCGCAGGAGGUCGCGCGUCUCCAGACCCAGGUGAUGGCUCUGGAGGUCCAGCUAAAUAACACACAAGAGAACUGCGACAGUUUGAAUCAUACCGCAGACGGGUACAAGAGCUUGGCUGAAGAGCGUGCCCAUCAGAUCAAAGAGCUAGAGGCAGCGCGUUUGGCGACCAAGCGUGAGAUUGAGGCUAGUGCUGACGAAAGACGCACAUUGAUGGAGUCUUUUGAACAGAAACUCUCUGAAAGCCGCCAGCUACGCUCAGAGCUCGAUGCUGCUAACCGAUGUAGCAGUGAAGCUCGCCGUUCAGCUACCGAACUCGAGUUGGCAACCGUCAAACUGGGUGCGGAGCUCGCUACAGCCAAAUCUUCUGAACAAAAGUACAAGCUCGCUGCCGACCGGAACCAGGCAACAGUGGAUUGGCUCAAUGAUGAACUUCAACGCCUGAGAAGUGAAUAUACCGAGUUCAGACAGUCCAUGCUUGAUCAGCUCCAGGAGAAAACGACCCAGCUCGAAACCACCGAAGCUACUUACAGAGGUAUUCGCCAAAGUCAUGAAAUUCUCAAGGGCUACUAUAAUGAAAAAUCACUACGUCUUGAAGAGUCAAUGUCUACUUUACAGAGACUUCGUGUUGAGCUGACCAGUGAGCGUAGUGCGUUUGAAGCUGAAAUGUCGGCCCAGAAACGCAUCACAACAGUCCUGGAGGAAACAGUUGGACAGUACAAGGUGCGAUUCACCGAGCUUGAAGCGGAGUUGAACGAAGAACGUGCGGCGGCUGAAAAGAAAGUCAACUCGCUACAAGCCAAGCUAUCUUCUCAAUCCAUCGAAUCAAGCACGCUACAAGAAAAGCUGCAAAUGGCCGAGGAACAGCUGUCUGAAGUCUACGAGACCACGGCUAACGGUACAAUUAUUGCCGAUCAAAGCCGAGGCUCGACUGCUGAUCAGUCGCGGUUGACAAACCGCUCGCUUAAUGGACUGCUGUCGCCCAGUGCAACAAUUUUGAGUGAAUUCAGACGCAAUGGUGGGUCAAUUGUGGAUCUAAACCAAAGCUAUCAGCGAGCUAAGAAAGAAGCUGCUAAUUGGAAACGCAAGUACGAGCACCUUCGUCAAGAUAUGGAUCAAAUCAUGCAAGAACUCGAAACGAACGCCCCCCUAUUCGAAGCACAGCAAGCGGAGAAUGAAAGGCUACGUCAAGAGUUCGUUGAGUUUAGCGAACGUUUCGACACUAUGAGUGCAAAGGCCACAGAGUCUACUGAACAGAUCAAAGAUCUGGAGCGUAAACUGAGCGACCAGUCCGUCGAACGAAACUUGAUGGUUCGCCAGGUCAAUGACUUGUCUCGUCAAUUGCGACAUGUGCUUAUCAACAAUCAGCUCGGCGCCGAUGGUGAACCUCUUAUGACAGCAUCUGAACAGCGGGCACUGGAUCAGAUCUUCAAUCAGAGCGACCAAGAAGAGCAGGAUGACAGUGACACAAACAAACUAAUUUCACAGCGAAUGAUGUUGUUCAAAGAUAUUGCCGAUCUUCAGCAGCAGAAUGCUAAUUUGCUGCGCUCCUGUCGCGCUCUUGGCCAGCAGAUGGAAAGACAAGAGAUGGAGGCCAAGGAAACAUACCAGAACCUAGAGACUGAAACGGUCGCACAAGCCACAAUUGCCCUGCAAACUCUCCAGGAAAAGCUGUCAGCUACAUUGGCAGAGCUUGAGAUUACACGAAAGGACCGCGACAUGUUCCGAAGUAUGACCAAAACUGGUGACGCUGGUAGUCUGCUUGAUGCUCAAUCAGAUCUUACACAAAAGCUGGAAUUGUUACGUCGCGAGUACGAAGACUACCGGUUGAGUUCCAAACAACGUCUGGCCGAUGCUGAAGCCAGGAUAAUUGAUGGCGAACGCACCGCUCGCGAUCUGCACAUACAGCUUGCCAAAGCUCAGGCCCAGGUGGAGCUCAUUACAGAACGCAAGAAAUCCGCUGAAGACGAUCUGCAACUGUCGAGAGCAGAGCAAUUUACUCUGACGGAACGCAUCCAGACUUUACGUGAUUCACUCCACCGGCAGGAGCAGCGUGCUCAAUUGACAAACGAGGAAGCAGUGUCUCUCCGUCAACAGCUGGAAAAUCUUCGUACGGAGACUGCUGCGAUGCGUGCAGAGCAGAAAAUCUGGACUCGCACCGAGAAGGAGCUUUCUGAGGGCCGGGAGGUCGCAUUGGCUGAAACCGCUCAGCUCAGAGCUGUCAUCGCCAAGUUCGAAAUGCGCGAUGGUGAGCGUGACACAGCUAGUGCAGAUGCGCACCGCCGUUUGUUACAGCUUAUUGACCGAUUGCAGACGACGGUCUCCCAACUCAAUCGUAAGGUUACUUCAGCAGAGGAUCAAUUGAAAUUGGUUUCACAUCGUCGUGAGCGUGAGUUCGAAGCUCAUAGUGCUAGAGAGCUCGAGCUGAGUAGCCAAGUGUCAGAGUUCCGAGAAAAGUUAUCGCUGGCCGAGCUUUCUAAAGAACCCUUACAACUCAAGAUUAAUGAACUGCUGUCCAAAUUGAGUGCCGCAGAGAAACGGGCCGACUUACGGAGUUCAAAGCAACAUGAGACUACUUCCCAAACUACAAGUGAGUUAGAGAGUGCCAUCAAGGCACGCGAAAUCGCCGAACAGCAGGUUGAGGAAAUGGUCAAUGUUGUGCAAGCCAGUGAAGAAGCGCUCGCGAAUUUGCGGACCAAGUUUGCAGCUCAAGAAAAAGCCAAUGCAGACCAAGCCUCAGCUCAGCUUCUGGAACUGUCUGGAGCCAACAAUGAGCUUGACUCUGCCCGCCGCGAGAUUGAACAGUUGCGUGAGCUGUCUGUGGAGAUUGAAAAGCUCCAAAAUUCUCUAUCUGAAAAGGAUGCGGUCAUUGUUGAUCUGAAUAGCCAAAUCGCUACUGUUCAAGCCCAAUUGGCUGAGAGUAAAAACGAAACCGAGGCUGCACAGGCUCAGGUGUUAUCAAAAACAGAGUCUGCUGCUCAAGCUAGUAGUCGGGCUUCCAGCCUUGAAUCACAGGUCACUACCCUGCAAAGUCAGCUUUCCGAGUUGCAAAAUCAACGCGAUGCAGCUGUGGCUGAUCUUCAAGCUAAAGGACGCGGUUGGGCUCUCGACCGUGACGAGCUUGAGACGAGAAUUCGCGAAACGCAAGCUAAGGUUGACGAUAUCCUCCCCAAGUACCGAGACCUGCAAGAUCAGUUGGAGAAUUUCAUUGAUCAAGCUCAAAACACUAUGGCAGUUGAUGCUGGUAGUGAAGGCUCUAGCUCUAAAAUCAUUGAGUUCCUCAAGCAACGGAAUGAGCUCGCUGCCCAGUCGCUGCAGGUUGCUCAACAGGAGGCCCAGGACUUGCGUUCUCGCCUCAGCAAAUCAGAGGCAGAGUUGACAAGUGCAAAGUUUGCUGCUGAGCAGUUCAAGACCCAGCUGGAAGAAGCUAAGCAGACCAGUUUGGAGCCCACCGUUGCAGCUGCCGAUCUUGAGGCGGCGAAUGCAGCUACUGAAGUAUUGAAACAGCAGUUGACAGAGCAGUCUCAACGUGCAAAUGAACUUGAGAACAAGGUUUCAGAGCUCAAGGACACACUGCGUUCUAGAGAGGAGGAGUUGAGUAUUUCCAGAGCCGAGGUCGAAGCUCGCACUGCUAGGGUCACUCAAUUGGAAGUUGACAAUGCUCGCUGGAAUACCCGUACUGAGGCUCUUCAGUCGGCACAAGAAGAUGCCGCGUUGGCAAGGACUCAGCUUGGGAACCUUCGCAACGAAGCACAGGAGAAGCUAGCAAAGGCCAGAAAGGACCGCGCAGAUUUGCGCCAGGAGGUGUCCACAUUGCGUGAGUCGCUUGAAAUCAAAACUGCAGAACUCGAAAAGCUGCGGGCAGAAACCGAAGCUGAUGCUGUUGUGAGUGAGAUGGUUGAUCUAGAUGCAGCGGAACCAGAGGUUGAAGCCAAGACCCCCAUCGAGUCUUCUGCAGGCCUCAAAGAAAAACAGGAGCGGAUAGAGUUCCUUGAGAACGAGGUCAACAAAGUGUCUGAUGAUCUUGUUGAAGCUCAAGCGGCCACCCAAGCAGCUGAGGACCGCUGCAAGAAGCUGCAAAAAGAACUCCACCAGCUGCAGAAUGCCUUUAACGAAGUCAAGAAACAAGACAGUGACAAGGCAGAGCGUUUGUCUGCUCUUGAGAAGAAACUUGAGGAGCUCGAAAAGGCACCUAAUGCAGUCGCACCCGAGAGUAUGGACCCGCUUGUUGUCAGUAUGCUCACUGCUGAAAGCCCGGACUCUGAAGAGCUUACUGCGUUGCGUCAAACACUGGUUGAAAAGGCCGGCCAGGAGCCUGUGACCGAUUACACAGUGAAAGUUGAAACAGCUACCAAGGCCGUGCUCAAAGAUCGCACUCGAGAUUAUGUUCGAAAACAAAUUGAUUCUACCAAAUCACAGCUCCAGACAGAGUUUGAGGAGGAUCUUAAGAGUAAACUUGAAGAGCAGCGCAAAAAAGUUGAAGCUUUGCUGGAGACCAAGUCCAAACUCAAACACAAGCUUCUUCAAGCCAAGACCGAGUCGCUCGAGCAGAAAAACCAGGAACUCUCUCUUAUGGUGCGCAAGUUGAAGGGUGGAAUCAUAGAUGCAGACGUCAAGACUCUACCCUCGGGCGUCACCAAGGUAGUGAACAACAAGCAAAAGGCCCCAGAGGUCAAUCGGCCUCAAGUGAAUCGUGGGAAUCGCUCUGUCAAGCGAGGCAACACAGAUCAAUCUGGAGGCAACAAUAAGAAACGUAAAGAGGAUUAG